UCCAGUUCCUUCCUGCAUCCUGAUCCCACGUGCCAGGGAGAUGGAGCCACGCUUGCUGAUGUUGGGGUUUCUCUCAUUCACCAUAGUACCCGGUUGUUGGGCAGAGCUGUGUCUGUCUGACCCCCCGGAGGUCCCCAAUGCCACGUUCAAAGCCCUCUCCUACAAGAACGGCACCAUCCUAAACUGUGAAUGCAAGCGAGGUUUCCGGAGAUUGAAUGAGCUGGUCUAUAUGGCUUGUCUAGGAAACUCCUGGAGCAACAACUGUCAGUGCACAAGCAACUCCCAUGACAACUCAAGAGAGCAAGUUACACCUCAACCUGAAGAACAGAAAGAGCAACAGACCACGGACAGGCAGAAAUCAACACAGUCCGUGCACCAGGAGAACCUUGCAGGUCACUGCAGGGAGCCCCCUCCUUGGAGACAUGAAGACACCAAGAGAAUCUACCACUUCGUGGAAGGACAGAUAGUCCUCUACACGUGUAUUCAAGGAUACAAGGCUCUACAGAGAGGUCCUGCUAUCAGCAUCUGCAAGACAGUGUGUGGGGAGAUAAGGUGGACGCAUCCCCAGCUCACGUGUGUAGAUGAAAAAGAACACCAUCAAUUUCUGGCUAGUGAAGAAUCUCAAGGAAGCAGAAAUUCUUUCCCAGAGAGUGAGGCUUCCUGUCCCACCCCCAACACAGGCUUCUCACAACUCACAGAAGCGACUACAACUAUGGAGACAUUCGUGUUCACAAAGGAGUAUCAGGUAGCAGUGGCCAGCUGCAUCUUCCUGCUCCUCAGCAUCCUCCUCCUGAGUGGGUUCACCUGGCAACAUAGAUGGAGGAAGAGCAGGAGAACCAUCUAGCAAGCUAGAACAGUCGGAGCCCAAGGGAAGAUGAUGGGACUCGUGAAGCUCAAGAGACACCUGAGGGGUCAAACGUGCACUCGACAGGUGCCUGUCUCCUUUUGAUCCCUCGGGUCCUGGAAAGUUAUGACGUCCCGGGACACAACGGCACAUCGGGAAAUAGCAACUUCAUCACUAAACUGAACUUUACCAUUGAAGAAUAGGAUCUGACCAUUUCAGUGCAGCAGUUCUAAAGCUUUAACGAAUGGGAGGGAGGGCCCAACGGUGCCCUGUGUGUUUUGUUUUGUGUACAUGUGUUGAUGGGAGCUGAGAUGGUGUGGUCACUUUUCGUGGGACACACAAUAUAGAAAAGUUGCUUUAGGUUGACUUCUUUUGGAGAGCCCAGCACUAAUGUAAAUACUCCCUCCUCGUCUUCCUCCUCUUCCUCCUUCUCUUCCUCCUUCCUCCUCCCCUGGGUCCACCCACCUCCACCCAUCCACUUUCCUUCUUCCUUUCUGCUCUCACGGUCAUCCUAGGCACAUGCAUGGCUGGCUCCUUUCUCAACCUCUGUUUGCCUAACUGGUUCUUGUGAUUUCAUCACUUACUGAUCAGUUUUUUAAAACUCUGGGCUGACAAUGAGGACUCUAUGUUCUUAGAAGGAAACCCCCUUUCCACCGAAGCUUCGAUUUCGACGUUCUGAAGAACAGACACGGUGGCAGAACCACUUAGGGAUCACAUCAAGACAAAGUGGGGAAGCUGUGGGAUCUGUGGGGCUUCAAUAUUCAGAAGCCCGUGUCUAGGGUCAGUGCCUGGAGCGGAAGGCUAAACGAAGUCCCAGGACAUGAACUCUGUGAAUCAGGUGCUUUACUGGUAGGCCACGCUAAGAGCUGGUUUCUUUGGAACUGCUGUCCACUGUACUCUCAGGUUGGCCUACACUAAUCUGAUGCUUGCAGGUGAACACAGGAGGUGCGGGUAUGGACUUGGUACGUACGCAUCAUGAAAACACUGAAAAGAAACUAAUGCUUUCAAGUUUAUGGAAGGGAGGAAGAAAGAAGCAAACAGAGAAGGUGAUUAUACAGAAGAUUAACUAUGGACUGGAUAUCCCAGGCAUCCUCAGAUAAUGUCCCCCCCAAUCCAGGUCACCAGGAAGCCUUGU